GAUGAUGCGGCUCUCCAGCGAACUACUCACUUGUAGAUUACGAGAGGCAGUAGUACAUCUGUCAGCAGCAGCGUCAGUACAGUAUCGCCAUGACGCUACUGCUUCUCACUAGUUUGCUCGUUGGAGUGAUAUAUGGCUCAGUAGCGGCGAAUGAUCGUGCUUUUCCAUCGAACUUCAAGUUCGGAGUGGGCACAUCAGCAUACCAGAUUGAGGGUGGUUGGAACGAGGAUGGCAAAGGAGAAUCGAUUUGGGACCACUUCACCCAUCAUCGGCCGGAGAUGAUUUUGGAUCGAGAAACCGGUGAUGUGGCGUGCGAUAGCUAUCAUCUGUGGCAGAGAGAUGUAGAGAUGGUGAAAGAGUUGGGCGUGGACGUGUAUCGCUUCUCGAUUGCCUGGAGUCGCAUUAUGCCGGACGGGAUAAGCAACAAUGUCAACCCCAAGGGGAUCGAGUAUUACAACAACCUUAUCGAUGGGUUGCUGGAAAGUGGCAUUGAGCCGGUAGUUACAUUGUAUCACUUUGAUUUGCCACAGCGAUUGCACGAGCUGGGAGGAUGGAUGACGGCUGAGAUUGUGCAGUAUUUUGAAGAGUAUGCACGAGUGGCUUUUGAGAAUUUUGGAGACAGAGUUAAGAUGUGGACAACAUUCAAUGAACCAUGGCACAUAUGCGAGAACUCGUACGGUAGAGAUGGACUUGCGCCAGCUGUGAAUAUCCCAGGCAUAGCGAACUAUAUUUGUGGCCAUAAUCUACUAAAGGCACACGCUGAGGCAGUCCAUUUGUAUCGGAACGAGUUUCAGGAGCAGCAGAAUGGUUUGAUUGGAAUAUCUUUGGAUGCUCGGUGGUACGAACCUGAAACGAAGUCGUCUGACGAUCUUGAGGCAUCCGAUUGGGCUCUGCAGUUUCAUCUAGGGUGGUUUUCUCAUCCAAUAUACUCAACCGAAGGGGACUACCCUCAAAUUCUUAAGGAUCGCGUUGCAAAUCUGAGUCUGGAGCAAGGUUUCUCCAAAUCUAGACUUCCAGUAUUUACUACGGAUGAAAUUCAACGGAUAAAAGGAACUGCAGACUACUUCGGCUUGAACACGUACACUUCAAGGCUAGCGUCAAAGAAUGGCCUUGAUAAUCCUGCCAACUUCCUCGUACCCUCCAAUGAACAUGAUACGGGGGUGUUCUUGUCUGUGGAUCCAAGCUGGACUACAGCUUAUGUCCCGUGGUUGAGUAUCGUUCCCAAUGGCUUGCGGAAUCUGUUGGUGUGGGUAAAGGAACAGUACAAUAAUCCCCCGAUGUGGGUAACAGAAAAUGGCAUCGGGACAGUUGCUGGGACUGUGGAUCCACAGCGAGUUGAUUACUACAACGGAUACCUGAAUGCUGUUUUGGAUGCCUUGGAAGAAGGAUGUGACGUACGUGGGUACAUUGCGUGGAGUUUGAUGGAUAACUUUGAGUGGCGAUCUGGAUUUACAUAUAAAUUCGGCCUGUACUACGUGGACUUCAAAAGCAAAAAUCGUACACGGUAUGCCAAAAUGUCAGCCAAGGUGUACAAACGAAUCGUGGAGACUCGGAAGAUUGACGAAACCUACCAACCCGAACCGGAUGUGAUCAUCCUGGCGUCCGAUGGGAACAGAAGCUUCGAUUGGCUAACAGUCACCGUAGCAGCUAUCGUGAUGUAUAUGAUAAGAAAGGUGUUGACUUUUGACUAAGUUGGGGCUAAGUUGGAAACCAUCUAUGUAAAUUCAAAGGGCACAAGUCUUAGACACAAUGAUAAAUUCAGCAGAUUGCUUAAUUGUCCAGC